UUUCUCAGUGAGCGGCAUCUCUGUAGAGCUCAGUUUGUUUCCUAACUCACCUUCAGGAUGAAGGUGUAUGUCCUCCUUGUGUGUGUGUGGCUUCUCUGCUGUAGGACGGAGGCUCAGUCCAGGGCGUAUCUGAUAUCAGCGCCUCUCUCGUUCCGCUUGGACGCCCUGGAGACCGUGGUGGUGCAGCUGUUUGGUUUUACAGAUGAGGUCACCGUCUACGUGUUCCUGAAGACAUCGAUGGCUCCAAAUCACAAGGUUCUGGCUCGGGAAGUUGUGACCCUCAACGCACAAAAUAACCACCAGGCUGAUGCCAAAGUCCGGCUAUACCCAAACCAGUUAGACAAGAGUGUGACUGAUGUGGUUCUCCAUGUGCAAUCAGAUAUGAUCAACCAGCACCAGUCUGUGCCCAUCAAUCGUGCCAAUGGCUUCCUGUUCAUCCAAACCGACAAACCGCUGUACACACCGCUUCAGAGUGUGAAAGUGAGGGCAUUCUCCUUGAACCAGGAGCUGAGGCCAGCUAAUCGCAGCGUCUUCCUGACCUUUAAGGACCCAGAUCGUACCACAGUGGACAUUGUGGAGAUGGUUGAUGUGAACAAUGGAAUCCCAUCUCUCCAAAACCCUUUCAAGAUCCCCAUCAACCCAAAGUUGGGGAUUUGGUCCAUUGAAGCUUCUUACUCAAAUGAUUUCACCACAACUGCAACAACUGACUUUGAAGUUAGAGAAUAUGUUCUUCCCAGUAUCUCCAUCCUUGUGGAACCAGAAGCAAACUACAUCAGUCACAAUUUCUUCACUAAUUUCAACUUCAAGGUCUCCGCCAAGUAUCUCCAUGGUGCUCCAGUGGAUGAUGGUGAGGUGUUUCUGCGCUAUGGCUAUGUUAGCGGAAAAAAUCCUCCAGUUAUCAUCUCAAACUCUGUCAUCAGAGAAAGUUUGUCCCCAUUGGGUGAAGUGGAUGUGAAUAUUAACAUGGAGAAUAUUCUGUCCCAACACGAUGGACCAAAAGACCUCAACAGCCUGGUGGGGAAGUACCUGUACAUAGCUGUACUGGUGGAGGAGAGCGAAGGUGGUAUUAUUCAGGAAACAGAGUUUGCUGCGGUGAAGUUUGUCAAAUCACCUUACAGCCUGAGCCUGGUGUCGACGCCCCCAUUUAUCAAGCCUGGGCUUCCUUAUAAGAUUCAGGUGUUGGUGAAGGAUCACCUGGACAAGCCAGUGAGAAAUAUUCAAGUCAGGCUUGUGGAGCGACAGCUCUUCAGACAGGGGAGGGACUCCGAGGACAUGUCCUGUACCGAGAGCUCCACCAGCAGCUCGGAUGGCCUCGCUUACUUCAUCUGUAACAUCCCUACUGAUGGAGUCAGGGCUGUUCUUAUGUUUCAGACAGAGGACUCCACCCUCCCAGCAGCCAGUCAGAGCAGUCUCAGUCUGACGUCAGUAGCUUAUUACUCACCAAACCAGCGUUAUCUCUACAUUGACACCCCGCUGACCGGCCCCGGCCUCCGGGUGGGACAACUAGCAAGUCUUAGCGUGUACUCGGCCACGCCGUCCUACAUUCCCAUCAGAGCCAUCAGUUACCUGGUGAUCUCUAAAGGGAAGGUGGUGCACUUUGGCAGUGAGAAGUUCCUCUCCACUGCUGAUAACAAACAGAGAUUGAACUUUCAUGUGACUUCUGACAUGGUGCCGUCCAUCAGGCUGCUGGUCUACUACAUCCUGUUUGGAGAAGGGACGUCUGAGCUGGUGGCUGACUCUGUGUGGCUGGAUGUCAAAGACAAAUGUGUCAACGGACUCCAGACUGACCUAUCUUUGAAUAAAGUGCAGUACAAGCCUAAAGAAAACCUCCAGCUGAAUGUCAGAGCCAGUGCGGAUGGCCUCGUAGCUCUGUCCGCUGUCGACUCCGCCAUCUUUACCCUACGACCCAACUACCAAGACCCUGUUUCCAUGGUUUUUCGUCACAUUGAGCAGAGUGACCUGGGCUGCGGUGGAGGCGGCGGUAAAGACAGCGCAGAUGUUUUCCGACUGGCCGGCCUCACCUUCAUCACCAAUGCCAACGCCGCACCCUCAACCAGCAAUCAGCUGUGUACUGCCGUCGUGCGUGCAAAACGAGCCCUGACUGAGGAGGAGAAAAAACAGAUAGCGGAGAGUUACGGUAGAACCGGCAAGCAGUGCUGUCAAUAUGGGAUGAGGCGUGCUCCAACUUAUACUUCCUGCCUUGAUGAAGCUGAGACGUUUGUCCGCAAGAACAAAAUUUUCCACAACACUCCGAGUUUUAGAGAUCGCUGCAAGCAGGUCUUCCAAGAAUGCUGUGAGGCUCUGCUGAACAGCUUGGGCCGUGAGAGCGUCAUUGCACGAAGCGACAUGGGUCCAGACUUUGACCUCGCUCCUUCCCUGGUGCGGAGCUACUUUCCCGAGAGCUGGAUGUGGGAGGUGCAGCGCAUCAGUUCAGGGCAGCUGUUGGUCAGCAGGCCUCUACCGGACUCUCUCACCACCUGGCAGAUAAAGGCCGUCGGCAUGUUCCAGAAUGGUAUGUGCGUUGCAGAUCCCGUCCAGGUGUCGGUCAAUCUGCCGGUCAGUGUGGACAUCCCGCUGCCUUAUCAGGUGGUCAGAGGAGAGCAGCUGGAGCUGACAGGCUCCGUGUACAACCAGCAGUACGACAGGAUCAGGUACUGUGUGACACUGAAGGUCGGCCCGGCCAUCUGCCUGCUCAAGUCUGAGCCUGUGGCUCAGGAGCCAGGGUUUCACUCUACAGCGUGCACCUGGAGCAUCCUGCCUGGGAGAGAGGUGGCAUCAGUGGCCUUCAAGCUGCUGGGCCUGGAGCCUGGAGAGCACACCCUGACCUUCACCGUGAAAACACGGUACAGAACUGCAGACAUCCUGGAGAAGAAGCUACGAGUGGUGCCUGAAGGAGUGAGACGGGAGGUGAGUUCUGGAGGAAGACUCGACCCACAGGGGGUGUAUGGCUCAGAGAAGAGAACAGUGGAGCUGAAGAACCAAGUGCCAGUCAACAUCGUUCCCAGUAUCUCCAUCCUUGUGGAACCAGAAGCAAACUACAUCAGUCACAAUUUCUUCACUAAUUUCAACUUCAAGGUCUCCGCCAAGUAUCUCCAUGGUGCUCCAGUGGAUGAUGGUGAGGUGUUUCUGCGCUAUGGCUAUGUUAGCGGAAAAAAUCCUCCAGUUAUCAUCUCAAACUCUGUCAUCAGAGAAAGUUUGUCCUCAUUGGGUGAAGUGGAUGUGAAUAUUAAUAUGGAGAAUAUUCUGUCCCAACACGAUGGACCAAAAGACCUCAACAGCCUGGUGGGGAAGUACCUGUACAUAGGUGUACUGGUGAAAGAACUCGAAGGUGGUAUUACUCAGGAAACAGAGUUUGCUGCAGUGAAGUUUGUCAAAUCACCUUACAGCCUGAGCCUGGUGUCGACGCCCCCAUUUAUCAAACCUGGGCUUCCUUAUAAGAUUCAGGUGUUGGUGAAGGAUCACCUGGACAAGCCAGUGAGAAAUAUUCGAGUCAGGCUUGUGGAGCGACAGCUCUUCAGACAGGGGAGGGACUCCGAGGACAUGUCCUGUACCGAGAGCUCCACCAGCAGCUCAAAUGGCCUCACUUUAUUCAUCUGUAACACCCCUACUGAUGGAGUCAGGGCUGUUCUUAUGUUUCAGACAGAGGACUCCACCCUCCCAGCAGCCAGUCAGAGCAGUCUCAGUCUGACGCCAGUAGCUUAUUACUCACCAAACCAGCGUUAUCUCCACAUUGACACCCUGCUGACCGGCCCCGACCUCCGGGUGGGACAACUAGCAAGUCUUAGCGUGUACUCGGCCACGCCGUCCUACAUUCCCAUCAGAGCCAUCAGUUACCUGGUGAUCUCUAAAGGGAAGGUGGUGCACUUUGGCAGUGAGAAGUUCCUCUCCACCGCUGAUAACACACAGAGACUGAUCUUUCAUGUGACUUCUGACAUGGUGCCGUCCAUCAGGCUGCUGGUCUACUACAUCCUGUUUGGAGAAGGGACGUCUGAGCUGGUGGCUGACUCUGUGUGGCUGGAUGUCAAAGACAAAUGCGUCAACGGACUCCAGACUGACCUAUCUUUGAAUAAAGUGCAGUACAAGCCUAAAGAAAACCUCCAGCUGAAUGUCAGAGCCAGUGCGGAUGGCCUCGUAGCUCUGUCCGCUGUCGACUCCGCCAUCUUUACCCUACGACCCAACUACCAAGACCCUGUUUCCAUGGUUUUUCGUCACAUUGAGCAGAGUGACCUGGGCUGCGGUGGAGGCGGCGGUAAAGACAGCGCAGAUGUUUUCCGACUGGCCGGCCUCACCUUCAUCACCAAUGCCAACGCCGCACCCUCAACCAGCAAUCAGCUGUGUACUGCCGUCGUGCGUGCAAAACGAGCCCUGACUGAGGAGGAGAAAAAACAGAUAGCGGAGAGUUACGGUAGAGCCGGCAAGCAGUGCUGUCAAUAUGGGAUGAGGCGUGCUCCAACAUUUACUUCCUGCCUUGAUGAAGCUGAGACGUUUGUCCGCAAGAACAAAAUUUUCCGCAACACUUCGAGUUUUAGAGAUCGCUGCAAGCAGGUCUUCCAAGAAUGCUGUGAGGCUCUGCUGAACAGCUUGGGCCGUGAGAGCGUCAUUGCACGAAGCGACAUGGGUCCAGACUUUGACCUCGCUCCUUCCCUGGUGCGGAGCUACUUUCCCGAGAGCUGGAUGUGGGAGGUGCAGCGCAUCAGUUCAGGGCAGCUGUUGGUCAGCAGGCCUCUACCGGACUCUCUCACCACCUGGCAGAUAAAGGCCGUUGGCAUGUUCCAGAAUGGUAUGUGCGUUGCAGAUCCCGUCCAGGUGUCGGUCAAUCUGCCGGUCAGCGUGGACAUCCCGCUGCCUUAUCAGGUGGUCAGAGGAGAGCAGCUGGAGCUGACAGGCUCCGUGUACAACCAGCAGUACGACAGGAUCAGGUACUGUGUGACACUGAAGGUCGGCCCGGCCAUCUGCCUGCUCAAGUCUGAGCCUGUGGCUCAGGAGCCAGGGUUUCACUCUACAGCCUGCACCUGGAGCAUCCUGCCUGGGAGAGAGGUGGCAUCAGUGGCCUUCGAGCUGCUGGGCCUGGAGCCUGGAGAGCACACCCUGACCUUCACCGUGAAAACACGGUACAGAACUGCAGACAUCCUGGAGAAGAAGCUACGAGUGGUGCCUGAAGGAGUGAGACGGGAGGUGAGUUCUGGAGGAAGACUCGACCCACAGGGGGUGUAUGGCUCAGAGAAGAGAACAGUGGAGCUGAAGAACCAAGUGCCAGUCAACAUCGUUCCCAACACCAAUGUGGAGAGAAUGCUGACUAUCAAUGGUGAGGUUCUGGGUGAAGUCCUGACGUUGGCGCACAACCCUGAAGGUUUCCGGCAGCUCAUCAACCUGCCGUCUGGCUCAGCGGAGGUGGAGCUUGGUGGCCUCCUCCCCCUCAUCCAGCUGUAUCAGUACCUGGAGUCAUCAGGGAGCUGGAAUGUGCUGGGAGAAGACAUCCAGAAGAGUGCAGCUAACAUGAAGCAGAAGAUCAGGGAGGGCCUGGUCAGCAUCAGUUCAUUUAGACUUGGAGACUCGAGCUACAGCAUGUGGAGGAAGCGAGAGUCCAGCACCUGGCUCACGGCUCUGGUGGUGAGGGCUCUGUCUGCAGCAGAUCCGGUGGUCUCUGUGAACCACCAGGCUCUCUCAGAGUCUGUGACCUGGUUGAUCUUCAGGGCUCAACAGCCAGACGGAUCCUUCAGAGAGGAAUCCCCCUACAAAUCUAACAAAAUCUUGGCUGAUGGGACUGAUGCAGUGGAAAAGUCAGUGUAUCUGACAUCCUUUGUACUCAUUGCUCUACACCAAGCAACAAAGAUUAGAGACCCAAUCCUGCAGCUUCAGAUCCAUGAUAACAGCAUUAACUCUGCAGUAGCCUACAUUUCCCAGCAUGCCCUGAAUGUAAAGAGUGUGUACGUGCGCGCAGUGGCAACCUAUGCUGUGACCCUUCAUGACCCCAACAGCGUGAUAUCCUUUGAGCUCAUCAGCAGCCUGGAGAAGCUGGCUCGACAAAAAGGUGAUCCCGUGGUACUCAGGUACUGGCAGGAGGCCACCGUGACAUCUGACUGGCUGAAGCCCGACCAAUCCAGCGGUGUGACAGUGGAGACCACAGCGUACGUCCUGCUGACUAUGCUGCGCAAGGAGAGACUGACGUAUGUGAAACCGAUCCUGUCCUGGCUGACCCAGGAUCAGCACUAUGGCGAGGGCUUCUACUCUGUACAGGACAUUUUCUUGACUCUGGAGGCAUUAACUGAGUACAGCAAGGUUGUCUCUCGUGCUGCCGUCAGUCAGGACAUCAGGAUCAGCUACGGAACUAAAGGAAUACUGGGACAAGUCCACAUCAAUCAGAGCCGACCUGUAGCCUCUCCUCUCCAGAUCACAAAGAACGAUGAUAUCACCGUGUCCACAGGUUAUGGGCGCGGCGUGUCAAAUGUAAAGAUGAAGACGGUUUACUAUCAGACUGUAGCGUCCACACAGCCGAAGUGUAACUUUGAGCUCACUGUCGAGGUGGUCAUGCCAAGCACCAAUCCGAGAUUGCAAAAUCCCACCCUGGCCAUCUGUGUAAAGUAUAAACCUCCUCCUAAUGAGGUGUACACAGAGUCCAGUCUGACAGUGAUGAAGAUCCAGCUGCCGACAGGUGUGGCUGCAUACCUGGAAGACCUGAAACAGUUCACGGACCCCAUGCAGCCGAUCAUCUCCCACUACGAGCUCCAGGGAAACACUGUGGUCAUUCAGAUGGACUCUGUUCCCUCAGACAUCUUCCUGUGCAUUGACUUCCGGCUCAGGACAACGUUCAAGGUGACUGGAGCCACCAAGUCCCUGGUCAGUGUCACUGAGCCCCAGGACAAAGGCAGUUUGUGCACAAAGCAGUUCUCCUAUGAGCAGCAGGAGCUGCAGCGCCUCUGUUUGGGCGUAGAGUGUCAGUGCAUGACAGCUGCGUGCGCCAUCUACAGAGGAGACGUGGACGUGACGCUGACAGCAGAUAAACGAACCAACGAGACGUUCCAGCCUCACAUCAAAUACGCGUACAAGGUGAGUGUGACGUCUUCAGCAGCAGAAGGAGACUUUAUGAUCUACACAGCCACCGUAGAUGAAGUCAUUAAGAGCACAAGUAAAGAUUUGGAGGGGGUCAGAGCCGGGACCGUGGUGGACCUGGUGAAGAAGGCCACCUGUAGUGGCAUGGAUAUCCAGAGCAACAAGCAGUACCUGGUAAUGGGAGCCAACGGGUCAGAGGUCACGCUCCAGAACAGCUUCAAGUACCGUCUUCCUCUGGACUCUGAGGCCGUGGUGGAGCUGUGGCCGGAUGACUGUAGUUCUCCCAAGUGUUAGGACUACAUUUCCCACUUGGAGGAUUUCACCCUGAACCUGCAGUUAGGCGCCUGCAACUGAUUUGUCACUGCACUCUGUGAUGUCAUACUGAGAGGUGGAGUUUAUGGUGAAGCAAAUAAUUUUUGUAUUGUGAGAAAUUCUUAGUGGCUCAGAGUCUAAAUGUAAAUGAAUUUGUUGCCUUUUCAGUCAUUUCAGAAUGUGUCAAUAAAAACAAAGAAAUUC